AUGUCGACAGAUCCGAGAUCAAAUGUCCUUCAGCAAAAAUACAACGAAUACAAACAAACUCUUGAAGAACUUCAAUCGAAGAUAGUGGAGCUCGGUAAUGACAAAGAAGAACAUGAGGUAGUUCUAGGAACACUCAAGAAUACAGAUGAGAAUAGAAAAUGCUAUAGAAUGGUUGGUGGCGCACUUGUUGAAACGAACGUGAGCUCCACAAUUCCAAUACUCGAAACUAAAAGAAACAAUUUGGUAGCUACAAUAUCAACAAUGAAAGCAGAUUUGAUUAAAACUGCAAAAGAAUUUGAAAAAUGGAAGAAGGACAAUAAAAUUCAAGUUGUUAGGCAAUGA